CUUUGAAAAUAUCCUUUCUUUAUUACGUUUGUAAAGUGAAUAAUUGUCUUAAUUGACGAAAGCUAUUAUUGUUUGUUUGGAGGUUAAAAAAUAAGAAUGCUUCAACGGCAAGUACUGUCACCACUGACCAAUACACCAUUAACACCACUGCGACCACCACCUUCAAAAUUUGUUUCGCCAUCAACAAGCCGAACAGUUGGCCUUGGUAGUCCAACGCCUGCCUUAGUAAAUUUUGCAGCUCAGGAUGAAGGACAGCAAAGGAAAGAGAGAAGAAGAAAAUCCCAAGCAUUUGAUUUGCAGAGAUUAAACCUUGUUGGUAGUCCGAGCUCUUCAUCUUCAUCGCCAAGUGCUAGAUCUGCUGAACCUUUAAAUGGACUCACAAGUACACAACUUGCAAACCACUAUGCUGAUUGUAUACAACUCUCAGCUGAAAAUAAAAUCAAUGCAAAAAAUGCUUUUGCUCUCCAUCUCAUUGAUUACAUGACAGAACUUGUAAAGAAAAAAGAAUUAGAGAAUUUUCAGGUUGCAAGCUCUACUUUAGAUGCAAGUGUUAAGAUCUAUGCUGGCCGUGUUGACUCCAUACAUUCACAGACUUAUAAAGUCUUAAGUGGUUUAGGUGGAGGUGGGGGAAAGACAGAAACUGAUGAAGGGGGAGAAGAAGUUGAUGGAGAAGCAGAGAAUUUGGAAUUAAAACCAAAGAAAAAAAGAAAAACAACAAAGGCACAAACUAUAGAAACAAAUUUGAAGAAUAUUAAUGUAGACAAGUUUGACCUGGAGUUUGAGGUGGACCCAAUGUUUCAAAUGAUGUCAGCAGCAUUUGAUGAAGGUGGUGUCCGGGGACUUCUGCUUAAUAGGUUGAGAACCUUUGAUGACAGUAUGCAACUCGUCCUUGACUCAUCGACUGUGGUUAAUAUUGUUGAGGAUACAAAUGACACUCCUAAUGUCAGAAAACCACUUGAUGUUUCAGAUCUUAAAGAUAUGCUGAGUAAAAUAAAGCUAGAAGACAAAGUGAUAUGCCCAUCUUUGAAAGACUUCCAUUUUUCAAACUGGGAUGGAGAUACUUCUUUCAUGCCUAAAGGUUUCUCUGAUUUUGUAUUUGAUCCAAAUGCUGAGCCACAACACCUCCCAAGUGUAGAGGAUGAAGUAGCCUCUAUAGCACAUGAAGAAAUUGAUGACUUAGAAGCAGUUGAAGAUGAACUUCAAGAUCACGGGAGUGUUGCCAGUGAAUGCUAUGAUGCUAUAUCUGCAAGGGACUCACGCACGGCUGAAUUUGUUGAAAGUGCUUUUUCCGACCUUGUGCAUGGCAAUGUUGGUAAACUUCGCCAGAUUCUAGCCAAUGAACCAUCAGACUAUUCAUACUUCAAUAAAGUACUCAUGCGAACAUGGGCAGGACCAGCACAUUGGAGAAUAGGCCCUACUUCAAAGAAAGAUGAUGAAUCCGGCAGUAAGGUUUUGAAAAAGAGGCAAAAAAAGCCACAAAUUAAAUUAACAUACGAUAUGGAUGAAACCGAAUUGAACCAAAUGUUUAAAGUAACAAAAUCAACUUAUUCUAAAACUACAUGGGCAAGAUAUCUUCAGAAAAGAAUAACCCUGCCAAGAAAUCAACAAAUAGAUGCACAAGACAGCCUAUUUAGGUUGUUUCACAGACCACACAUCAUGAUAAAACCACAGUCAGUUGACUCCAUAGGGGUUGAUGAUGGCAUUGAUAACUAUGAUUACAACAAUAAAAAUGAUGUGGAAAAUUUUUGCCCAGUUGUAAGAGAGGAUGAUGAUGAAGAGGAUCUCUCAACGGGUGGGUUUGAUUUGUCCAACGAGACAAAUUUCCCACAAGCCUCCCAAGACAACCUGUCUCAGCAAAGUGCUUUUUCAGAGUUAGUACUGAAUGGCACUAUUUUAACACAAGACAAACUUGUUGCAGCACCUAAUAAGGUUCAGAAAAUUGAUAUAAAAUAUGCAAAAACAGCCAAACGAGUUGAUGUUAGAAAGUUGAAAUCAACAAUGUGGAAUAUUUUAACUGAGGAUUCAUUAGAGACCAAGAAUAUUUCUGAACCUGAAAGCAGUUCACAAAAAAUGUCCAUACCACACCAUUUUAGUCACCUGAAAGAUGUGUUACCCUCUAAAGUGUCAACCAGCAUGGCCCAAAACUUGACCAUCCAGACAGUAUUUGCUUGCUUAUUGUAUAUAACCAAUGAAAAGUCUCUAAAGCUCACAGGAUCAAAAGAAAUGGAUGACAUUUACAUUGAGCCAGAAUCAGAAUAAUAUAAGGCAUAUUUGCAUGUAAAUAGAUCAAAUAUUUGUAUUUAAUGUACUCAUUUGUCUCUACUUGCCUUAUCUUGUCUAUCCUUUCAAUUUUACAAACAAUAUGUUUAAAAAUUAUUUUACAGUUGUAAUACAAAACCGGUACAACAGCAAUGUUGUAUUUGUUAAAAUUAAUUGACAAUGUGUUUGUACAAACUUGAUCAUACUGGUAUUUACAGUAAUAAUCAAGAUUAUGUUCACUAUUACAAUAUGUUAUGUCUAGUUGUAAUAAGAUUGCUAUAGAGUUAUGUCUUAUGGUAAUUAGAUUAUGUAGAUUAUGUAGCUUUUUGAACACUAUUACUUUACCUCAAAUUUACAUUAACAGCUAUUCUGUGAAACAAUAUAUCAUCUUCAUUCUGUUUAUGUCUAUUUCAACAAUUUCUUAUGAGAUAUCCUUUUCUGUUUUCAAAGCAGCUAAACAUAUGCAUAAACUUUCAACAGUGCCUAAUAGUUUGAUAGCCAUAAUUAUUUUUACUUUUAUGGAAAAUUAAUUGUAUAGAAAAUCAAAGUUCUUUUGUCUGUUAUUAUGUAAUAUCAAAUUCUAUCAGUUUCAACCUUCAAACACUCAGUUUUUCCUUAGCAUUUUGAAGACUUCUUGUGCAUAUUUCUGUUUUGUUGGUUUUCUUUUUAGAGUAGUAAUACACAUCUUUGUAAUAUUUUAAACAUAUUUCAUUAUUAUUUCUAUUCAUAUAAUUGUUAAUUUUUGUAGCAAAUUUUCUGGUACUUAAUUUGAAAUAUGUUAACAAUUUUUGCUCAACCACAUUAACUAGUUUUUGAAAGGAAUAUUUUAAAAGUAUUAGAAGUAUUUAAUUGUGCUGUAUAAUUGUUCUACUUUCACAAGGUAGCUGUAUUUGAUAUGCUUAGUUAAUAAAGGUGUAUAAUUUUCUUUUCACUGAUGCUACUUAACAUUAAGUUUUUACAUUUGUAUAGGCCUAUUUAAAUUAAAAUAUUAUGAUUCCAAUUUUGAAAUAUGUACCAGUAAUAGUUGGAUUGGAAACUUCAUGACAUUAAAACAAGCAUAGAAAAUCUCAAUUCUGACAGAGCUUUUCAGUUGUCAUUUAAUGUUAUCCAGAUUAAAGAAAUCAAUAAAUAAUGUUUUAAUAGA